AUGGACCAACCUGUACAUCCAACGGUGCAGGUCAUCAUCAACGGCCAUGCUCAAGCACAACCGUACAGCUCGAAUGGCCCGCCCCAGCAACGAGUAAGGCCAUUGACUGUGGAUGAGGCAUUGCAGUACUCUCCUAUGUCUAGCUCGCCUGUAUUUGGUUUAGAUUGCAUACUGCGUCCUGACAUUGGUCGAACUUCUAUUGCGACAUCAAUUAAUCAUAUUAUACAAGCUGGUCGCACAGUUAAGAGCGAACUUGACACCGAAAUUCGAUCUGGGCAUGGCGAAUCAUCUCGCCUAGAGACAUCCCGUGAAUACCUACAACAGUUGUUGGAUGGACAGAAAUUGACAGAAUUCAAAUUCAAGCCUCCUACGGAACCCGCCAUCAUACUGGAUCAAAAAGCUAUCGACGAUCAUACUCACGGUAGCAACGGUAUCGGAGCGUUCGCAAGUAUGAUGCUGGAUUCUACAGAUGUGGCAUUUCGCUAUCCUACUUCGUCCGUUCCAAGCACGAAGGUCAAGAAAGAGAGGUCUCCGCAGAAUCUUGCAUCCUCGAUAAAUGAGCGAGCUUUUGAAACAAACAAUCAAAUCAUCGAUUCUCAAAACAGCACUCAUCUUCCCCGGCCGGCCGUUGUUAUACCUGUGAAACCCCUCUCGGGAUGCCAGGCCAUUGACGCUGGAAAUCCGAAAAGGCGCAAACUGAAUACCGAUGGCGGAGACAAUUUCACGGCACUUCGCUUGAAAGAUCAAAAAGAAGAAGCGGAUGCUGCACUUUUAAAGUUGCAAGACCUUCUUCAUGAGAUCUUUGAAGCUGAGGAUCAACUCGAACCAGAUACUUCCGCUACGACAGUCGAUCAACCGAAUGCAAUAUUCACGGCUGCAAACGCACUUGAAGUUAGCGGGUACAUUCUAUCUUCGGAUUAUCACAAUCUUCUUCAGAAGGCCAUGGUAAAAGUGGCGGCCUUUGGGAGACUCCAGGAUAUCCCAUCAGAUUACAUCAAUCGCGUGCAAAAACUCUGCGAAAAGCCUAUUAUAGCUGCACAGGCUCUUGAUCUCGAGUUGACUGACGCAUUAAAUGAAUCCGAGGUUCAGAACUGGACUGGGAAAUUGGAGGAUGUUCUCAAUGCGCUCUUCGCAAUUGGCACCCUUCUUCAGUCGAUGUCCGGAGGUCAGAAUGAACGAGAUCUCUGUCCCGAAGGGUUGAUUGAAGUUAUUCCAAACGUUCUGAACCAGGCAUUUGAUCGUUGCAUCAUCCCUGUUGUUGAAUCACGUCCCGGCGGCAAGGAUUCGAAGUACUUCGAGUGUUUCUCUGCUGAAAAGCAAGUCAUUGGGAGCCUCAUUACCCGAAGCAAAAGGGUCCUGGUUUCUCUGGCCGAUUUCCUGUCCCGUAUUGAUAUUUCGGAGGGUACAGUUACAGCGAUUGAGUUUUUUGCCGCCAAGUUAAUUUUUGUUGAGAACGCCCAUACAGACAAGGAUUCGGCGGUUGGCUACCAGAAAUAUGAGUCCGUCCGACGUGGAGCAAUGGAUGUUCUGGCAAAAAUAUUUUCAAAAUAUCCUGCUCAAAGACCUUAUAUUCUUGACGAAAUCCUGGUGUCGUUGGAGAAGCUGCCCUCUACUAGACAGAGUGCCAGACAAUUCAAGCUUGUUGACGGCAAGAAUAUUCAAUUUCUGACGGCAUUGGUUAUGCAGUUAGUUCAAACGACUGCUUUGCAAACCCCUGCUUGCAGAUCGCUCAAGGCCAGGCGGCGAUUGACGACGUCGAUUAACAAGGACGUGGAUGAACAGUUUAAUAAUGAUAAUGAAACCGAUGGUGACGAUGAUCCAGAUGCGUCCUUGGAAUAUCUUGCAACUAAGGUCAACCGCCUGUACGAUAAUUCCGUUCGCAGUGCGCAGUACAUUGUGAAAUUCAUCGUCCAGCGUGCCAUGACGUCUACGAAAACUGGCGAGCAGCCUUAUCGAAACAUUCUUGAUCUGUUCACAGAAGAUCUUAUUAGCGUCCUCGGCUCCAUGGAUUGGCCAGCCGCAGAGUUGAUGCUCAGGAUAUUAGCAUCUCAGAUGGUUGGCAUUGCUGAUCUUGACAAGAGUCCAGCUACAGCCAAAAGUAUGGCGCUUGAGCUCCUAGGCUGGAUGGGCUCCGCUAUAUCCGAUCUAACCGUCACGGCGCAGCACCUGUUACCUGCCAUAGAAGAUUCCAGCAGCGAUCUCAGCGAUUAUCUGCGACAGCUUUUCGAUGAUUUUUCACGUCGCGCGUUGCACCCUCAAGAUCUAAUAGUUGUAGAUGGUCCAUACAGGAUCACGCUUGAGUACUCUUUACAAGACCAAAGCUCAAACAAUUGGCAUGUUACUAGUGCUCGGGGUUAUUAUCUGUCACAGUGGGCAAAGAUGGCCUGCUCUCUUUAUUACAACUCCGAAGACAACGAUGAAAUUGCUCAUGACAAUGCAACCGACAACCUUGUCGUUCUGCUCACCAAAUUAUUCUCUGAUCCACGGUGGCUGGAGACUAAUAAGAUUUUCCAAACCAUUCCCGCUUCUUAUGGGAAGUUUGCCUAUAUCUUAACGGUCUUGAAUUCGAGCUUUUGUAAGGCAUUUGACACGAUCCUCAAGGUGUUAUUGAACUCGAUUGCCAGCGACCAAGCCAAGGUGCGCAGUCGUAGUUUGAAGAGUGUAAUUUAUAUGCUCGAAAAAGACCCGAAUCUUCUCGAUAGGGACGCGUCAGUCAUGCGUGUUAUCCUUCGGUGCGCCGCUGACGCAUCCCCCAUGGUUCGGGACUCUGCCUUAUCGCUAAUCGCGAAGUGCAUUUCCUUGAAGCCUGCACUUGAAGAAGAGGGUUGCCGUAGCAUACUCGCUUGUGCCGCUGACCCUACAGCUGGGGUGAGAAAACGAUGUAUUCCUUUGCUGAAAGACAUCUACCUGAAGACGCAGCGUAAUGAGCUGAAGCUUGCUAUUCUUGACAGUUUCCUUCAGCGGACUGAGGACUUGGAGGAUAGCGUUGCCACUUUAGGACGACAAACGAUUGAAGAAAUAUGGCUCGCUCCAUUCCAUGGAUCCAUUGGCUCUUCUCAGGAUAGUCCAAAGUUAAAGGUAGCUCUGGGAGAACAAGUGACUUUGAUAGUCAACUUGGUACAGCGCAGUGAAUCCGCGCUUGAAACACUCGGUACCUGUCUUAAGAAACUGCUGUUCAAUAACUCGAAGUCCGCGUCGUCCAAUUUCAAAGUAUGCAAGGCAAUGGUCUCUACGAUGUUUGAAAAGUUGGUGGAGGACUCCGAUUCUUUAGGCAAGGAGCAUCAACAGGCUCUGUUACAAACAAUUGCCGUAUUUGCCAAUGCAAAUGCAAAGCUGUUCAGUCCCGACCAGCUGGAAGCUCUUCAUCCCUACAUCGGAAAUCUUGUCACAGCGGAUGAUCUUUUUGUUUUCAGAUCAGUUGUUGUGAUUUAUCGUCAUGUUUUGCCGUACUUAUCCUCAGCUCAUAAUACUCUAUUGAAAGAAGUUCAGAAUGAUCUCUUUAAGAGCGUGGCUAAGCUGGCUCGCGCAGAGCUGAAUGAGGUCAUGUCUUGUCUUUGGACUAUUAACGGCGUGCUGCGAAAUACUGAACGCCUUGUCAAGCUUACAAUUUCUGUGGUGAAGGGAAUCCAAUCCUCGGUGGAUCUAGCCCGCACCCGGAGCUAUAUCCGAAUUGCUGGAUGUGUUGGAAGACACUGCAACCUCGAGAAGUAUGAGCCGUACUUCAAGAAUGCGUUUCCUUCAUGGAAGGGGGGUUCUGUAGCUGGCCUAUUGGUGGAUGCUAUCAUCCCCUACACUCUUCCCAAACAGCCUCUGGAACUGAGAGUCAUGGCUUUCGAAAGUUUGGGUUCGAUCUGCCAGUCUUGGCCCGGUCAAUUCAGCAGGGAAGAACCAAGGCGUGUAUUGUCCAUGAUCUUCAAGGAGGACAAUCCGAGCCUGCAAAAUAUCGUUCUGAGAUCUUUUGCAGACUUCUUCGCCAUUCAUGAAGGUAAAUCUGACAUGUCAACCAUGCCGUCCGCUGCGGUGCCGGACCAGGACCAGGAGAGCUCCACGGUAUUUGGGGGUUCACUAAAAGCCAGUGACAACGAUGGGGCCGCGGCACUGAUCGCCCAGCAUUUCCUCCACGACAUGCUCAGGAUCGCACAGUCUCGUCAGGACACCUACGCACUGACCGCCAUCGAACUUAUCGCCAGCAUUAAUCGCCAGGGCCUCGUACAUCCUAAGGAGUGCGCAGGAGUUCUUGUUUCACUGGAGACCUCGACAGUGCCGGCCAUAGCUAAGGUUGCCUUUGACACCCAUAAAUCUCUUCACCAACAGUACGAAUCCAUGUUUGAGAGGGAGUACAUGCGGGCCGUUCAAGAAGCGUUCCAUUACCAGCGUGACGUUGUUGGUGAUCCUAGCGGUGCACUUACUCGGCCAUACACCGCAAAACUCGCCCCUCUAUUUGAGAUCAUCAAGACUAGCAAUAGUCGAUAUCAAAAGAAAUUCCUUUCUAAUCUCUGCUCAAAAGUUAAUUUUGAGUUGAAGGACCUUAACGUCAGUGGAACUCCACCGGAGCAUCUACUGCUCGCCAGGUUCAUGACACAAAAUCUCGCUUUUUUCGAAUACGGCCAGUUAGCCGAGCUUGUACCGACAAUUGGAUGCAUGGAACGUAUCGUUGCCGCUACCGGGACUGCUGUAGCUCACACAAUCGAAACGGAACUCUUUCCUGCACAGAAUGAGACUGGGCCUCUUCCUGGUGGUAUUUCUGCGAUCCCCACUACCGAGCCACCUGCCAACCGGGUCCCUACACGCCAAAUUGACACUGGUACGUUGCGGCUGCUGGCCACUGCAUCUGCAGUACUUUCCAUGCUCUGGGAAGCCCGAACUUAUCUUCGUCGCCUUUAUGGGCUGGGACCUCAAAUCCGAGAUAAGGAGGGUAAAGCUGCGUCGAAAGAACUGCAUAAAGCGCCCACGAAGGUGCAUGGAGUAACUGGUGACAAAUUCUGGGAAGCCGUUGCAAGAAAUAUGGCAGCGCUAGAUAGCGAAGACAGUAUGGUGACCAAAUGCCGGGAAUUUGCGACGCUACUUGCCAUUGACGAGGAAUUCAAGAUUGCAAAUGACGACGCAGACGACGACGGCAUCGAUGGGUCUGCUGAUCUAGAUGAGACGGCUGCCGAUACCCGUCGACCUGGCAAACGGAAGAAUUCUGUUUCUGGGAGUAAUCCGAUCAAGCGGCCUAAGGGAAGAAAAAGCACCGGUGGAAGAAAAAGAGCCAGCAUGGAAUCGGAAGAGGAAAGCUGGGACUGAGGCACUAUGGUCCAAAACUGCUCACUGGUCAUAUUGUAUGAUAUACAAGGCUAGCAUACGGGGUCUACUGGCGUUUAAGCAAGCUUUCUAAGGAUUUAUUCAGAGUUCAAGGGCGAGAUUUAUGGCUACUAUUAUGGAUCUAUUAUCUAUUAUCUUUAUGGAUCUUCGGGACUUUGGGCAGGACACUUGAGCCAUGCGAUGUUAUGCAGAUACAGACUCUAAUGAUAGAUAAACGUAAGUUAUUACUCCA